GAUAAUUGUGCUGUUUUACCAACAUAUUACUUUAUUAAUCAACGUUUAAGCUUCAGGGCUGCAUGUUAAAACACAUCACAGUAUCUGUUUAACAUGAAAAACGAAGCGAACACGAACAGAAGUGCGAUAGCCUGCUGGGCUAGCUCCGAUGCUAACAGCUGUUAACUGCAGACAGCUGUUAACAUCUGCAGCAGCUUUACCUCACUCAUAACUUCAUUUUAGUUUCUGUUAUAAAAAGCUUUAAAUGAGCUAAGAGGCUAAUCUGCUACUCUGAUGUUUUCAGUCUUUAGAAGAUAUUUAAUUUAAAAAGGAAACUAUCCUGGUCACCACCUGCCAUGAAAGAAGAAGAAGAAGAUCAGUCCAUCAGUGAGAGAGGAGAGCUGCUGGACUUCAACCAGAACCAGGACCUGGACUUGGACUUCAACCAGAACCAGAACCUGGACCUGGACCCAGAGCACCACACCAACAACCUUGUUAGAAGAGAAGAAUCACCCUCUGCUGCCACCGAUACACAGAGGCCAUCGUCUAACAAGGAUAAAUCAGCUCGUCACAGAGCACGCGUCAACGCUAACGCUGUUUUAAGGGCCAAUUACCUUGCCCGAAGACGUGAAAGCUAUCAAAGGAGAAAAAGACAGGGAAAGAUUACAAAUAAGCCAGCAGCAGAGCUCUCCAAUGAACAGCAGAAGAUGUUGAGGGAAAAGUGGAGAGAGUACCAGAGAAACUACAGAGCGAAGAAAAGGAAAGAAGAAAUGCUUCAAGAAGAUCAGUCCAUCAGUCAGAGAGAAGACCUGCUGGACUUCACAGACCAGGACUACUACAAGAUCAUAAUGGAGGAGAACCAGGACCUGGAGCAGCACACUGACAUCCUCGUUAUUAAAAGAGAAGAUUCAGACUCUGCUACCAGCGAUACACAGAGACCAUUGUCUAACAAGGAAAAAGUGGCUCGUCACAGAGCACGCGUCAACGCUAACGCUGUUUUAAGGGCCAAUUACCUUGCCCGAAGACGUGAAAGCUAUCAAAGGAGAAAAAGACAGGGAAAGAUUACAAAUAAGCCAGCAGCAGAGCUCUCCAAGGAUCAGCAGAAGAUGUUGAGGGAAAAGUGGAGAGAGAACAAGAGAAACCACAGAGCGAAGAAAAGGGAAGAAGAAAUGCUUCAAGAAGAUCAGUCCAUCAGUCAGAGAGAAGACCUGCUGGACUUCACAGACCAGGACUACUACAAGAUCAUAAUGGAGGAUAACCAGGACCUGGAGCAGCACACUGACAUCCUCGUUAUUAAAAGAGAAGAUUCAGACUCUGCUACCAGCGAUACACAGGAGAUAGAAGACUCUGGUUCAUACUCCACCUACACCGUCGACGGCAGUAAUUCACCUCCAUGCUGGUUUCCACUCGACAUAAAACAGGAGGAAGAAGAAGAAGAAGAACAGUCCAUCAGUCAGAGAGGAGACCUGCUGGACCCAGAGCACCACACCGACAACCCCGUUAUUAAAAUAGAAGAAUCAGACUCUGCUACCACCGAUACACAGUGGUCACCUGACAUAAAACAGGAAGAAGAAGAACAGUCCAUCAGUCAGAGUGGAGACCUGCUGGACUUCAACCAGAACCAGAACCAGACCCUGGAGCACCACAUCGACAUCACAGUUAAAGAAGAAUCAGACUCACCCUCUUCUAUCACCGAUAAACAGAGUGCUGCAGCAGAGGCCGAACAGCUGAUCAGCAGCCGAGGUCAGAUCCUGCAGGUGGUUUGCGCCCCAGUCGGGGUUCAGUACAUCGUUCCGCAUCCUGAGCAGCAGGAAUGUACCAUCACACAGAAACAAACACGAAAAAAGAGAGUCAAACAUCACCGCUGCCAGUACUGUGACAAAGCCUUCACCACAUCGACAUAUUUAAAGAUUCAUCAGAGAGUCCACACAGGAGAGAAUCUUCACAGGUGUGAACAAUGUGGGCAAGACUUCAAUACAAGAAGUGCUUUAAUAAAACACCAACGUAUCCACACUGGAGUGAAACCGUACAGCUGUGACCAGUGUGGGAAAAGAUUCACUGCUAACAACGAUCUAAAGAAACACCAACGUACUCAUACAGGAGAGAAACCAUACAGCUGUGAGCUGUGUGGGAAAAUGUUCACCACAGACGGUCAAUUAAAAAUCCACCAACGCAUUCACACCGGAGAGAAACCGUACAGCUGUGACCAGUGUGGGAAAACCUUUGCUUAUGGGGACUCCCUGCAACGACAUCAACGCAUUCACACUGGAGAGAAACCGUACAGGUGUGAACAUUGUGAGAAAACGUUCACUGAUGACAGCACUCUAAAACGCCACCAACACAUCCACACUGGAGAAAAACCAUACUGGUGCGAUCAAUGUGGGAAAACCUUCAUCAGAGUCAGUGAAUUAAAAAUCCAUCAACGCAUUCACACAGGAGAGAAACCGUACUGGUGCGACCAGUGUGGGAAAUCUUUCACUCAAGACAUUCAUCUAAAAAUCCACCAGCGUGUUCACACUGGAGAGAAACCCUACAGCUGUGAACAGUGCGGGAAAAGUUUUGCUUGGAGACAUUCCCUAAAAAUCCACCAACGCAGUCACUCAGUUUAGUACUGAACAUGUUAUAGAGGCUCCUAUCUCUUCUACAGGCCUUAAAACUACAGUGUUUGACUUUAUAAAUAAAUGUGUGUAACAAUCAAGCCUUUGUUAGAGCAAGUUUAAACAAGCAGUUUUUAAAUUUGCUGUUGGGGUUGACAUUCUUGUACUGGUCAGAUGAAUGAAUACUUUGAGUGCUGUAUGGGAAGAGCAUGUGACUUCAUAUAAAUAUGGACGAUGCCUACCGCUAUGCAAACGUGAAGCUAAAAUAUCUCUGGCAAUCUUGCUUGCGUGACAUCAUUUGGAGUCCGAUACUGCAAUCCACUGUAAUCUUCCAACUUCCAACACGUAAUGAAACGGUCAUUCAUGUUGAAGUUUCAAGUCGGAAACUCAGGCUAGAUCCAUCUAUCCUACUCCUCCUUUUUAAAAGUGUUCUAAUCUGAAUGGUAAAUGGACUGUACUUAUAUGGCGCUGUUUUAUUCUUUCAAUCACCCAAAGCGCUUUACACUACAUGUCACAUUCACUCAUUCACACACACAUUCAUACACCGUUGGAACAGCCAUCGGGGGCAAUAUGUGGUUCAGUAUCUUGCCCACAUAUGUGGACUGGAGGAUUAGUAGACGAUCCGUUCUACGUCUUAAAUUUGGAAAUGACUCUUUAGAGCUACAGAACUUCCAUUUUUGAGUUACUUUAGCAUCAGUGGUUUUUAAUUAUAACCCACAAUAAUGUUAACUUGUGGUCCUUUGCUAUUAUUAGCAGCCAAACAUUUCUGAAUUUUUAUUCUACAAAACCUUGGAUUGAGAUUUUCAUGGAGAGUCAAGAGUCCUAAUGUCAGUAAAUGUUGUCGUUACUCAACAUUAAAACAAUCAAGGAUGCAGCAAGCUAACCAGUUAACUUUAUCUCUGAGUUUAAAGCCUUCCUGCUACCAUUUCUUUUUAAAUAUUGCUAUAUAAUACCAUGUUAUCAUGUGUCAUUUAAAUACAGUUCAGAAGAGGAACUUUGAAAGAUUAUCCUGGAAAAACAAUUAAGAUAAAAAUUAGAAAUUGGAUCAUCAGAUUUGAAAAGUUACUAAUAGAUUUAAUUCACAGUAUUAACAGUAAAAGUUGGUUACUAGUGGUCAGUGGAAUCAUUAACUGUGUCACAUUCACAUCAAACCAACUUUUUUUAAUAUCAUGUUAGUUACUGCUAUAUUUUGUUUUGUUUUGUAGUAAUGUAUAAUUACUAGUUUAAUACUGGGACUGGUGAGCUGUAACACGAGCGCCCUCUGCUGGACUCUGAACUCCAUCACCAGUCUGCUUUUUCCUGUCUCUGGUUGGUUGAUGUGAAUAAGCUCAGUUAAAAUAAAAAACAUCUUAAGUUCAGUUUUUGUAUGUUAAUGUGUUUUGUUUGUUCUCCUAAUGACAAGUUCUUUUGUGAUGAUUGUGAUGAUUGUUUUCUGUGUAACCUGCCAUCCAGCUUCUGGCUCAGCUAUUUCUGACUGUUUUAGUGUUUUCUGGACUUUGUUGCCAUGACAUUGACUGUGUGUGAGACCUGAUAUCUUUCUGUUACUAGAAUAAACGGCUGC